AUGGCGGAGAAAGAAUCCCAGUUGAAUGGUUCCUACCCCGGCCCAUCUAUACCACCGCCGAACCAAGAAGACAAACACAAAAGCCGUGGCCGCUUUUGUUGCCUUUUUGGCUGGCUUUGGAAGACCAUAGUGGCCUUGAUUCUCAUCAUUGUCCUUGCUAUCUUCAUCUGUUGGCUUAUCCUUCAACCCAGAAUGUUCAAGGUCCAUAUCACGGAUGCCAAACUCACUCAGUUCAAUUUCACAAACAACAACAACAAUCUUCAAUACAAACUCGACCUCAACAUCACUCUCAGAAACCCCAACAAGAAGAUGGCUAUCUACUUCGACAAAAUCGAGGCCAAUGCGUUCUACGAGGGCCAGAGGUUCGAUACAGAGAAUUUGACGAAAUGGGGUUUUAAAGUAGAACGCAAGAGUACGCAUUUUUUGAAUGCAACGUUUGCAGGUCAGCAAUGGAUGGAGCUUGGAGCUAAUGAGCUUGACUUCAAUGAGGAAAAAAGUGUUGGGGUCUAUAGCAUUUAUUUGAAGUGCUAUCUUCGUAUUAGGUUCAGGAUUGGAGAUUUCAUUGGUGGACAUCACAAGCCCAAGGUUAGGUGCGGAUUGAAAGUUCCAUUGAUUUCUAACGGAAAUUUAUCAACAGCUCGAUUUGAGAUUACUAGGUGCGACGUCCAAUUGUUCUAA